CCGACCAUCUUCCCGGCUUCAGUUAUGGCAUGCGACUUGAUAUUUCGCAAGAUGCAUCAACUAAGCGUCACGAUUUAGCCUCGCGACUCAUCAGCGCCCCCUCCGACUCCGGGCGCUUAGUCUCAACGAUUGCCUUUUGCCUUCGGAUCUCUCAUCCAAGAUAUCCAGAUCUCCAUGAAACAGACUCCUGAGCACACAUGGCAAGCGCCAGCGACCAUAUUUUUGACAAAACGCUUUCACAUGAUGCCUACACGGUGGGCUGGAUUUGCGCGCUGCCGGUGGAGUUGACAGCCGCCAAGGGAAUGCUGGAAAAAAGACACGAGUCCCUGCCUCAGCCCGCGAAUGACUCCAACAAUUACGUUCUUGGUGAAGUAGCCGGCCACAAUGUGGUCAUCGCAUGCCUCCCCACGGGUGAAUAUGGAACGACUUCUGCCGCCACGGUGGCGACUCAGAUGCUCUCAACCUUUCAUCAAAUUCGCUUCGGUCUGAUGGUCGGAAUCGGUGGAGGAGUACCAGUCACUGCAGACAUUAGAUUGGGGGAUGUUGUGGUCAGCAAUCCGACAAAUGGGUUUGGAGGUGUUAUCCAGUAUGACUAUGGAAAGACAAUCAGCCAGAGAACCUUCGUGAGAACUGGGAGUUUGAACAAGCCGCCACAAAUCCUUCUCACUGCUGUCGUAAACCUGCGAUCGGAACAUGAUUUGAGACCAAACCGAAUUGGCCAAUUCGUGACGGACAUGAGCAAACGCUAUCCCCAAAUGGCAGAGACUUUGAAUCUUAACCGAAGCGCAGAUGACUUGUUCUCCACAGAGGUUAAUCAUGUAGCUGGUGAGGACACAUGCGCAAAAUGCGACCGAACGCGAUUAGUGUCAAGAAAGGUUAGAUCUUCCCCAAAUCCCGAAAUUCACUACGGGCUUCUGGCCUCGGGAAACCAGGUCAUCAAGGAUGCGAAGACUAGAGACCGAUAUGCAAGGGAACUGGGAAUCAUGUGCUUCGAAAUGGAAGCAGCUGGUCUCAUGAAUCAUUUUCCUUGUUUGGUUAUUCGAGGAAUCUGUGAUUAUUCCGACUCUCAUAAAAACAAGAAGUGGCAGGCAUACGCCGCAGCUACUGCAGCAGCCUAUGCCAAAGAAUUGCUAUCAGUCACGUCGGUUCCAGUUACUUGUAAUGCUAUCACUGCCAGAAGGUCCAUAGGCCCAGAAACCUUCACAGUGGACGAUCCUGCACGGUUCCUAGCCCUCGCGCAACGACCAGAAUGGGCGCUUGUUCACCAAGUGGAACAAACGAAGAAUAUGUUCGAGCGACUUUCAGAUUACGACCCCGAUCGCGCUCAUCGAAAUCAUCUCUGGAACAGGUGCCCGAAUACUACUGAGUGGAUUCUAGAGCAUCAAGCGUACAAAGCAUGGUUUCAUGGCACUGGGCCUCCGCUUCUGUGGUUAACUGGCAAAAUCGGUUGUGGGAAAACACUCGUUACGUAUGAGCAUCUAAAAUCUUGUACCCAGGAUUCAGGCCAUAUUGUCGCUCACUUUUUCUACACCCAUUCGAACCGAUCGAGAUUGGAGGCAAAGCAUGUAUUCGAAAGCUAUAUCAAACAAAUAAUCGGACAUUUUGAUAUGUUUCGAAUCCCGUGUCCUCCACAGGCACGGUCCUUGAUCAAAAGAUUUUAUGGGAAUGACCAACAAAUCCCGACCUUCAGAGAGAUCAUACAUGAAAUACUUGUCCCUCUAUGUCAAUCACAGUCGGGUAUCAUACUCGUCAUGGAUGGACUUGAUGAAUGCGACCGAUCACAAACUCUCAUGGUGCUCGGGGCAUUACGAGAAACUGCCGAACAGAGCCCUGUGAGGAUUUUUGUCUCCGGUCGUGAGGGACUUGACCUGCCAGGCGCCAUCCCCAACUGCAAUACAAUCAACAUGGCUGAUGAGGGCAGCAAAGCCGAUCUUCGAGCGUUCGUCGAAUGGAAGAUACACAUGAAAGUGAAGGAAAGACAGCUCACAGAAAACGAAUCUAUCCUUGAAGAGAUCGCCGAAACAUUAAUUGGAAAAGCUGGUCAUAUGAUGCUUUGGGUCAGCUUACAGCUAGAUAUGCUAUGGGACGAGUGUUACACGGACGCCGACAUCCGAAAAACACUCAACAAUCUUCCCAAGGACCUCAGCACAACCUAUGAUCGUUGUCUUUCUAAAAUCAGCGGAAAAAGCCAAAUGUUUGCGAGGCAAGUUUUGCCGUGGGUAUCCAUCGCUACAAGUCCAUUUACGGGUCGUCAGCUUCAAGAAGCGGUUGCAAUGGAUCCACAGACGGGUGAUAUUGUUCUUGAUAAUUUCGUACCCGUCAAAGAACUUGUCAAGUCUUGCUCCCAUCUCAUCACCUGGGACGUCAAUGACAAGAUUCAUCUUACCCACUACUCAGUUCUUCAGUUCUUGGAAAAUAAAGGUGGGGAACACUAUUCCUGGUUUGGUGAAAUUGUUCUUGGAGAUGAAAGAGCCGCACUUGGUGCGCUUUGCAUGAGGCAUCUUCUUUCACCAGCGUAUUCCCGGGCGCUGGUGUCCACUGAGAAACCCAAACAGGCCGCAGUAAAUGCUGGGACUAUGAUGCAGAAUUUGUGGAACCAUAUCCCAUACGCUAGUCGACUAGGCUUCAAAAAGGCUAACAGAGUCGCAAUUCGACUACCUUUAAACCCAUCGAAUAAGCAACGCCAGCAAGAGCCACCAGCUUUCUUCGAGUUUGCCAAAAAGCAAUGGCUUCCACUCACCAAGCACCUUACCCAGUCGUCUACAAACUGGGAUCGAUUCGAGAGACUUGCUCUGGAGCGGAACUUCGCAUGGAACAUCCACCCUUGGGAGCCCUUGGGCUUGUCCAUGGACUCCCAUUUUGCCGGGAUGUUGGGCUAUGCCAUCGUGGAACACCACAACCCACUAAUCUCCGUCUUAAUGCGCUCGAGAGGCCUUCAGCCGCGGACUGAUGUUUUCCGAUUACCACUACAUCCGUACAACAAUUUGCAACCGCUUCAUCUUGCUGCUAGAGCGGGAAACAGUGAUUGCUUAGUACAAAUAAUGGGUCAUAGUACCUUCAAUAUGUUGGACGAGAAUGAGAAAUGUUACGGAUUGAUCAAAAGGAUAAAGACGGCUCCACGGCACUUCACUUGGAAGCAAUUCAUGGGCAUGAACAAGUAGGACAGCACUUCAUCUGGCUGUCAUGAAUAAGAAACGAGACGCCGUGCGGGCAUUUCUUGCAGAGAGUGCAGACAUUUCAAUGA